UUAAAAUGAUCCUUUUCUUGAGUUAUUUUUAAGAGGUAGGAGAAAGAAAUGAUUAAGUCAUCUCUGGAAUAAAAAUAUGUGUUUUCAAAAGUUCCAUUCAAGUAUAGCAGAUGUGAAAUACAAAUUGGGUGAUCUUCAGUGUCAGCACUGAGCAUCUUAACUACAGGUUACAAGCAAAAUUUGAAACCUGAGACAAUGGUCCUACAGAAUUAUUCCUUGGUGUCAGAAUUUGUGUUGCAUGGUCUCUGCACUUCAAGACAUCUCCAAAAUAUUUUCUUCGUACUUUUCUCUGGGAUCUAUGUCACCAUCAUGCUGGGUAACCUCCUCAUUGUGGUCACUGUAAUUUCUGACCCCCACUUGUACUCCUCCCCUAUGUACUUCCUGCUGGGAAACCUAUCUUUCCUGGACAUGUGGUUGGCCUCAUUUGCCACACCCAAGAUGAUCAGGGAUUUUCUUAGUGAUCGAAAACUCAUCUCCUUUGGAGGAUGUAUGGCUCAGAUCUUCUUCUUGCACUUUACUGGCGGGGCUGAGAUGGUGCUGCUGGUUUCCAUGGCCUAUGACAGAUAUGUGGCCAUACACAAACCCUUGCAUUACGUGACUAUAAUGAGUCGGCAGACUUGCAUCAGGCUGGUGUUGCUUUCAUGGGUCAUUGGAUUUGUGCACUCAAUCAGUCAAGUAGCUUUUACUGUGAAUUUACCUUACUGUGGCCCCAAUAAGGUGGACAGCUUCUUCUGUGACCUCCCUCUAGUGAUCAGACUUGCCUGCAUGGACACCUACGUCUUGGGUGUGCUUAUGAUCACAGACAGUGGGCUGCUUUCCAUGAGCUGCUUUCUGCUCCUCCUGGUCUCCUACGGUGCCAUCCUCCUCGCCGUCCGACAGCGUGCUGCUGGUGGCACAUCCAGAGCACUCUCCACGUGCUCCGCACACAUCACGGUAGUCACGCUGUUCUUUGGGCCUUGCAUUUUUAUUUAUGUGUGGCCUUUCAGCAGAUUCUCUAUGGACAAGCUCCUGUCUGUGUUUUAUACCAUUUUUACUCCGCUCUUGAACCCCCUUAUCUACACAUUGAGAAAUGAGGAGAUGAAAGCAGCUAUGAAGAAACUGCGAAUCCGACAGGUGACUUUUCACUGAAUUCCAGCUUUCCAUGAUGCUACAUAUUCCUACUCAUUCAGGGGAUAUCAUUUCUUUAAUAUGAUUUUGCUGGAGUAUUUCCUUCUGACAUUAUAAUGAUAUAAUUUGUAAGAUGU